ACCGUUUUAAUUGGUUAACCGGGUUAACCCCAAUGUACAACAUAACAUUAGACUGCAAAAUCAACAAAACUUGAAUUUCAUGUUUCAUGUUCACAACGAAUACACUGUACUUUAUCUGUAAUAAUUAAUGAUGGCAACGAGAGAGGAAUGGUGUGCCGACAAAUUGUCGAAGCUCCUAAACGAAGAUCUUCGUAUAUCCACCUUAAAUGAAAUCAAAACCCACUUUGAGGGGAUCUCGGACACUGAAGCAAUGCAAACUGCUGAACUUCUAGAACUACCUCUUGUGUUUGACUGCCUGAAUGACUCUAAUCAAGAACAAGUUGAUCUUGCAUGUGAAGUUUUAUCAUUAUGCAUGGAAAAGUUGGACAUUGGAGAAGCAGCCCUAAGAUACACAAUACCCUUAGAAAGGGCUCUGACUCAUCCCAAUCCAGGUGUGAAGGUGAUGGCCCUAGAUGAACUCUCCAGAAUUCUCAACUGCUCUUCCCAACAAAGGAACACAUUAGUGAACAAUCUGUGCAAAGCAAAUAUUUUCGCCAAUGUGGUCAAAUGUAUAGGUGAUGAUGAUCUCAAAGUAGGUGCCCGUUCUGUGGGCAUCGUUUCGAGCUUCUCCGCACUCAAUCCCGACUGUAUUCUAAGCGCCAAUAUUAUACAAAUCAUGAAAGAGACAAUGGCGAAGAACGAAGUCGUCCGUUUGCGCUUCUACGAAUUGUUCAUCACAAUCUCGGUGGAAAGCGAAACUGCGCACGGGAGUAUCGUACGACGCGGGCUACUUGCGCCAAUGCUUGAAGAGAUCAACACUAACGACGUUUUAUUAAGAUUGAACAUCAUUGAAAUGCUAACAACACUCGUCCAGAAGGAUUAUGGCUAUGCUUAUCUCAAACGCGAAGGUUUUAUCGAUAAAAUCUUCCGGUUAUUUAUCAAUGAAGCCGAUCCAAUCUUCCUGCAACUGUGUGAACCAGGAAUAUUGAAAUUCUACGGCCACAUGGCGGAGUGUAAACCAGCUGAGGCAUUUGAAAAAUAUCCCGAAGUAAUAAACAAAGUAUUUGAUAAUCUAUCGUCAUCGGAUUACACUGUCUUAAAAGUUUCGUUAGAAACUCUCGGAUACAUAAGUCGUAGCGAUAAACUCGUGCUGGACUCAUUCGUCGGUUUUCAGAUGAUUUCCGCGUUGAAAUCAAUGGCUGAACGCCUGCAGACCUUCCCAACUGAAGUCAAACUAUUAGUUUUAACAUGGUUGGAGGACCUACUAGCGAUUCAUCAUCAAAAUGGUGUCAAAAAUGAUUCGAAAAUUGCGCUCAAAUGGUUCAGUAGUUUCGGGGAGAACGCAAUGGAUCUGAUUAUGAAUUAUGUCAAGAAUCCUUUUGAGGAGAUGAGACUCGCCGGACUGAAGGUGUUGACUGCACUUACUAUGCAUAAUUGGGGACAGGAUAAAAUUAAAACUUAUCCAGCAUUGAUUGAGCUGUUGUUGGAUAGAGGCGCGGAGAGUUUUAAAUCUACGAAAGAUCAAAAAUAUGCACUGGUGAAGAGUUUGCAUGACAAUGAUUUUGGGGUUUUCGACGAAGAAACGAAGAGAAGGUUUGAGGCGUUUGUUAUUGAAGGGCCGCAUUAUGUUAGAGCUGUUACUGAAAUUGCCAUUGAGGGAAAUGAAUAAUUCUUAAUCCUUAACAAUCAAUCUUAUCAUGGAUGAUAAUAUUUGUAUAAAAAAAUAAUAAAAAUGACUAAGCUAUCAA